AUGGCGAGAAGCACCCUCCUCCUCCUCCUUGCCACGGCGAGAAGUGCCCUCCUCCUUGCCAUGGUGAGAAGUGCCCUCCCCCUCCUUGCCACGGUGAGAAGUGCCCUCCUCCCCACCAUGGCGAGAAGCACCCUCCUCCUCCUCCUUGCCACGUGUGAGGCCAAGUGCCACCCCGAGAAGUGCACCUACGUGCCCGAGGGUCACCCUCAUCCUGCCUGCGGCACUGGCGAGAAGUGCCUGCCUCCUUGCCACUCUAGCUGCCCGCCCCGCGAGAAGCCCUCCACCGCUGUCCACACUCCUUCUCCCCCGCAGAAGCUGGUCCCCCCUACCACUAUCGCCACUCCGGUUCCCCCUAAGACCAAUGAGUACGAAACCCCCAAGGGCGAGAACAAGGUCCCUAUCAUCAGCGGUGCCUCCAAGACCAGCCAGACUGGCGUCUACCUCAGCAUGGCCGCCGCCUUUGCUGCCAUGCUCUGGCUCUAA